AUGUACCUGCCCUAUCCUACCACCAUCCAGGUAUGCAGGCUGCCCCUCGUCCGCCCCAAGGAGGGCCAGUACAAUCCGCCCAUCCGGACACAAGCCCGUGGCGCCACCGUCCUGCCCAGCUUCGUCGGCCUGACGUUUGAGGUGUACAACGGGAAGGUCUAUAACCCCGUGACUAUCACGGAGGAUAUGGUCGGACACAAGCUGGGCGAGUUCUCUACGACGCGGAAACCGUUCAUCUACGAUAAAUAAGGAAUUGGCUGGUGCUGUGCAGGGCUUUGUAGAAGCAUUGAGGGCGAUGAUGAGAGCACGACUCUGCACUUGUUUCUACCAAGGCUGGUCUGGUUGGCUGGAAACAGAGAGGGUCGGCAUGCCCUGUGAUCAAAAGGACUUGAGGAGCUUUGGGAUGGUCAGCUCCGGGAAUACCCUGUGGUUGGAUAUCUUGGACACCUCAAAAGAGCAGAGCUGCUGCGGACACCAGAGACAGAGGAAUGUCCACACGACCUCAGAAUAUUAGGGUUCUGCUGUAGGACAGCGGGAAUCGUCGCUUAGGCGGCACAUGAGGAAUCACCUUCGAUAGAUGUCGACUCCAUCUAUUGCACACCUUAUUGAUGGUGAG